ACAUGUAUUACCGCUUCCUUUUGUUACACGAUUAUUUGAUCCAUUUAAACUGGAAACAAACCUAACUAAUCAUGUGGAAGUUAUCUUUCUUCAUAAUUGGAUCUAUAAGUUACGUUUUAGGUGGAGACCAAGCUGUAAAUAUAACAGUACAAGCUGGAAAGAACGUCAGUCUACACUGCCUCCCAAACGACACAACUGGCGAUCUUGGUAUAAAGUUGAAGCGAAGCGAUGGCUCAAUAUUUUUCAGCUGCAGUUCAAUAACGGUUGACUGUGAAAAAAAUAUUUCGGUAUUAACCUCCACUAAUUUAACAAUACGGAACGUUUCGUUGAUUCAUGAAGGUGAAUACUUAUUCGAUUGGACAAGUGAUAACGAUAAGGAAACGUGUGAUUUCAAGUUGACUGUUAAUGUUCCAGCAAAAGGGUUGACGUUGGUCGAAGAUAACCGGUAUGGUAAAGUCAUUCCUAAAGGAGGAUCAAUCGUUGUAAAAGAAGGGGGAAACAAGACGUUAGUCUGUAAGACCAAUACGUCAGUGAAACCACCUGUGGACCUGGAGUGGAAGAUCCUAAAGGGCAUGAACAUGUUGAAGGAUAUCCUUCAAUCGUCAACGUUUCUUAAUGACUCAAAUGAUACUAGACUUACUUUGCCAACACUAACUAUAGACUUCUCACCAACUUAUAUGGAUGACGAUGACGGUGAAAUAGAGCUCGUUUGUAUCGUCAAAAAUUCCAGCCAAAUCAAUGCAUCCGUUAUCAUAAAAAAGAAAGGUGCGCAUGAACCCACAACUGUCGGAAACAGUCCUUUGACGAGCCUCUACUAUAGUCAUUCAAACACAGCUAACUAUGGACAGUCGAAAGGCUAUGCGAUGAAUGCCACAUCAAACACAACUUUAAUCUCUACCACUGAAAAAACAGAUUGGAAUCCAGUGCACACUGUAAUUAUCGUUGGAUGUUUGAGCUUCGUGCUUUUCAUUGCAGGCGUUUGUGGUAUCAUUGGUUAUAGAAAAAGAAUUGUCAGACGUUUUGAAAAAGCUGAAUCCGCGGCAAAUGCCCCAGAGUCGACACCACGACGAAAUCGAGGUUCAUUGCCCCUGACGCCAGUUGACAACCGUACAUUACCCGAUCGACCAUUAACAACCACUGGGCGACACAGACCAGUUCCUUCUCUCCCACCUGAUAUUCCAACGCGGCCCUUGGUGCCAGUAUCGGAAGAUGUCAGAGGUUUGGGGGGAGGAGGCGGAAGCCAGAACAGAAGGGAUCCAGAUACUGGACUAGAUUACGACUUGUUAAACCAUGGAUUCUCUUGGGCUGUUCCUCAUGUUUACAGAGAAACAGCUAGUGGUUUGGCGGAAUAUGCUCAGGUCAGUCGACAGAAUAUCGACAAAAAGGAGAAAGAUUCAAGGCAUCCCGCCAAGAAGCGAACUGAAGAAGAAUAUGACGACUCAGAUUAUGACCUACUUAAUCCAUCUUCUCUGACAGUCAGUUCAACCGUACCGCAUGUUUAUCGGGAAUCACACACGGGCCUGGCUGAGUAUGCUGUAGUUAGUAAACCAGGAAACGAGAAGAAAGCACAGUCGUUGGUUUCACACGCAGAAAUCGAAAAGAUUCAUCAUGAUGUGGAAGCCGAGUACGCAGUGGUUGAUAAAUCGAAAAAAAGAAAUCACAAGAGGCGAUAAUCUAAGGAUUCUGGAGGAAGAAAUGUCAUUGUGUAAAUCUGAAUACCGACGAAAAAGUUUGGGGGAAUUUUAUUGAUUGAAAAUCAUCAUAGAUAAGGGAGCAAUAGCCACACUUGAUCUAAAUUUAAAACGAUGAAGACCCGUAGAAUAGCUAAUUAAUGUAUACAUGCACUUUCACACCCACCCACACACACGCCCGCGCACGCGAACCCAUACCAACAUGAAUUGACCUGUUGACAAUGUACAAUAAAUGAAGUUCAAUUAAAUCUCGAGCACUUGUGUAUAACUGAAUCAAAUGGAGUGCUAUGUGAUAUGAUGUAUAUAUUGGCCUGUAUGCUCAAAAGACAUGAAAGAGGUUUCACACAAAAUCCACAAAAAAAAAUCUUAUGUCUUAAAAUGCAUUAACAUUAUAUCAAAGCAGAACUUUUGUUUCCAUGUUUUAUUAAAGCGAAUAUUACUUCUGGGGGUGUUUCAUGAAAGUUGUCAGCACUGACUAAAUUGUCGGUGCUGGCAAUUUCAGUGAAAUCCUUGGUUUUGAUUGGCUGUGAGGCACAUACCUCUGACCGUUACUAUGGUAACUGUCGGAGAAAGCCAACUUGUCAUUGCUGAAAACUUUCAUGAAACGAUCCCCAGGUCACUCCCCUUUAACUGAUUUGGCUCGGCCACGUAUUGUAGAAUCAGUUUGAAACAGUGCGUACUAUUGAGUGGCCAUUUUUAAAUCAGAAUUACCGGCCAUGCUUACUACAUACCUAAGUGUAACUGCAGUCACCCGGGUAAUUAAUUAGUCCAGACGUUUUUAUUCAUAAUCAGUAUUGGUGAUCAAUCAAUUCAGUUCAUUGUUUCAAUGUAUGCAUUUAGUUUCAAUUACUAUUCGACAGGGCAAUCGAAUUGGAAUGCAGUUUUGCAACUAUAUUUUAGGUUUAGAUCAGUAGCGAGAGAAGGGGGGCAGUAACACAAACAGACACCCAAAACUCUUUGAAAUACUCCUAAUCAUGUAAAUGUAUGCAUCAUUUAUUCUCCAUGCCCCCCUUAAAUUGUACGAUGUGUUGAUAGUUCUGCAUUAUAUUCCAGAUACUUUGAAUAAUGAUGCAAAAUUAGUCCAAAGCUCAUCAUGUAUAUCUCGCUGAUCAUAAAAAAAUCAAUGUGCUGUGUCCCAUCUUUGACGAAAAUAUGUUGCACUUUAUAUUCUCUUUUGUGACGUCGUUCCACCUCAACUACUCCUAACGGCUGUACGACAGAAUAUGCAAAAUGUGUCCAUACAUAGUACGUUUAGGGCUGCGUAAGCCACGGCCGGGAAAAUACGAAACUGGCAAAAUCGCUACUUUUCGAGCAAAAACAUUUUGAACACAAUCUUUAUUUCCGUUAAGCACCGGGUGGGGUUUCAUUCGUGUGCUUGUAGUAUUGGCCUAGGCAGGCAAAGUAAUUACAGAUGGAAUGUAGUUCAAGAUAUGCUGUGGAUCGUAGGCGUAUACAAGAAAUGUAAUUUUGUCUGAUUUAAAUGUUUGUGAACCUCAAUUUGUGUAAUGAUGUAAAUAAAUUGUGAUAAUGUAUAUGGAAUUCACGUAGAUCUCAAAGAAGAUCAGUUAGAUCUCAGAGAAGAAGUCAAUGUUCCUUCAAAUGCAGUGUGAGUGAUCAUGAAAUUAUGUUAAUGUAUUGUAACUGCUUUUCAACUGCAAAACAGAGCUGUAUCCUUUUCCUAAAUUUGGAAAUAUACAUGUAAACACUGCAAAUAUUCAUUAACACGAUGCGGCAAGUGACAGCCAUAAUAAACAUAAUGCACUUCAGCC